AUGGCUGACGAUGCUUUGCAAUCCCUUCAACGUGCUGUGUGGCAAGCCCGAUUGCCUCUGCAGAUCAGGCUAGCCGCUUCAGAGUGCCGUACCUUUGAUGGGGCAGAUCCCUAUUUGAUUUCUCUACCACGACUGUCGUACCUACCCCUGCUCCUUCCGCGGCUCCAUACCUUCUUCUCAAGCUCACUUAUCGCCGAACCCGACUCAAUAUCGCCCUACUCUGGCGUAUUUACCUAUGACGAUGUGCCCUUGAAAUGGCAUCUGCCUUUGGGCCUUCUCUACGACGUCUACGUCGCGUCCACCCAGGACGCCCGCCAAGACCACCUGAGUCCGGCCCCUCUGCCUUUCAAGCUGGCUGUGCAUUUCACGUCGGACUCUGAAAAGCCAAUGCUUCCGGAGGCAACCCCUGUGGUGUUACAUGACUCUUUUAUCAACUCGGUCAAGGAGGCUGAUUUUUUGAGGUCUGGCACUGCAAAACCAAUUAUGACUCUCUCUGCCCAAGAGAGCAAGGCUCUGUGGACGUCGACUCAAGAAGGCGACCUAUCAAAUUUUUCCAAGAUUCACAGCUCUCUGGUCCCACCACCAGGGCAGAUGCGCCAUAUACCCCUGCGUCUCUACUUACCGUCUGCGCCAGAUCAGGACCCAAGUAAAGCUCAGAUCAAAGUCCUUCAGUCACACGUUUCCCCAAAGAUUACAGGUGCAAGUCAGGGCGCUUCGCCUGCGACGUUGCGAGGCGGUACAGGGACACAGUCCCAAACCCUGGGAACGGCAUUGCACCAGUUGGCACCCAGUUUGUUCCCGUCUAGGAGGACUCCGAUUCUUGCAACACCGCUUCUGCAUGGUGCACCAGUACCAAUGAGUGCGCUUUUGGAGGAGCUCGUCAGAUGGGGUUGUUACGCGGAUGGCUGGGUGUCUGUGGUUAUAGCCAUGCGCAGCUGA